GAUUUACAGAAGAAGAGACUUAAGAGAGGCAGGGAGGGGAGAGAGAGACUCUAGCGAAGGGAGCAGCAGCAGCAGCAGCAGAGUUGAAUAGAAGAAGAAGAAGAUGGGUAGGAAGGUGAUUUGGGCGGUCGCAGCUGUUAUGAUUAUAGCAUCUCUGCAUCUGAAGUGUGCCCUCGGCCAAAUGCCAUCACUACCGCCUAAUACUCCGGUCAACACUGCUAUUCCUCCUCCUCCAUCACUACCCUCCACUCCUCCAGUCAACACUGCUAUCCCUCCUCCUCCAUCAAUACCCUCCACUCCUCCCGUCAACACUCCUACCCCUCCUCCUCCAUCACUUGAAUCGACUCCUCCCGUCAACACUGCUACCCCUCCUCCUCCAUCACUUGAAUCGACUCCUCCCGUCAACACUGCUACCCCUCCUCCUCCAUCGAUACCUUCUACACCUCCGGCCAACACUAAAGUCCCUCCACCUCCAUCAAUACCGUCUACUCCUCCAGCCAACACUGAAGUCCCUCCUCCUCCAUCAAUUCCUUCUACUCCUCCCGUCAACACGAAAGUCCCUCCUCCUCCUUCACUACCUUCUACUCCUCCCGUCAACUCUACCAUCCCUCCUCCACCAUCUCUACCUUCCACUCCUCCAGUCAACGCUACUCCUCCUCUCAACGCCGCCACCCCUCCACUACCUUCUACUCCUCCUAUCAAUGUGGCUGCCCCACCACUACAUGCAACUCCUCCGAUUAGCGUCUCUGUCCCUCCACUCUCUGCCCCUCCACUACCUGCAGUUCCUUCUAUCAGCCCAGUUGUGCCAACAGUGAAUAUCAACCGCUCCCAAUCAUCCCCCGAGACCUACACCGUCGGGGACACCUUGGGUUGGAAAGUCCCUCCUGGUGGCGCCGCCACCUACUCCGCUUGGGUAACCGGCAAGACCUUUCUUGUCGGAGAUACUCUUUUGUUCAACUUCACCACUGGGAAUCACGAUGUGGCGAGUGUAACAAAAGCAGGAUUCGAUUCUUGCAGCAACAGUAGCAAUGAUAUCAUCGGGUCUCUUAUAACAACAGGUCCAGCCAAAGUGGUUUUAGAGGCCGAAGGAGAGCACUACUACAUCUGCACCUUCACAAAGCACUGCCAAUUGGGCCAAAAGCUUGUACUUAACGUCACCGGCACCGCUUCGACGCCCAGUGUCACACCUACAUCCUCUCCGCCUCCCCCUCCGCCCAGCUCUGCACCUUCCUCCUCCAGAGUUGGCUUCACCGGCUUCUUUGCUACCUUAUUGACCACUGCCAUCGUCGCUUUCUUUGUUUAGAUGAUGAUAAUUUUGACUCUUCAUCUCAGACUUUGAAUGAGAGUGUAUGUAUACCAUGUCAUUCAUUUUAUAUGAUUGUGAUUGAUCAGACACAGAUUUUGAAUAAAGACUUCAUUUCAUCAA